GUGGAUGCCCUUCUCUCUACACUGAACAGGUUAAACAUGGCAGCGCUCUUGAGGACGGCUCGGCUACUCAAGUAUUCAACUACUUCUCUGUUGCAGAUUUCCGGAUCAGCAAGAAAUGGAACAGCAUUCAGGCGACUCUACAGCGGGACUGCCAUUUGCAGCCGAACUGGUGUAUGUGCAACCCGAGUGGCCAUUGCAAGCGGCAUGAAUAGGUCCAUGUUGCGGGUGGGUGCAGUGCGACCGGUUUCCAUGGCGUCGGAGCAGCUGGGCGUGUCUCGGGAGGAGCCCAGCUCUGCGGUACGCUCUCGCCAGGCCCAGCAGUUUGACUGGGCACUCAACAAGCUGGACAGCUCCGUGCGCAGGACCGGGCGCAUCACCAAGACCCUGCUGCUCAAGAUCUUCCACGACAUCUGCCGGAUAGGAUACCCCAGUGGGAACCAGGCCCUGCUCCUCCUGCGCAGCUGUGGCUCCCUCCUGCCGGAGAUGCAGCUGUCUGAGCGCACAGAGCUGGUGCACCGCAUCUGGGAAAAGCUUCAGGAGCUGGGUGCAGUGUAUGAUGCCAGUCACUACAAUGCCCUGCUCAAGGUCUACUUGCAGAACGAGUUCAAGUUCUCCCCCACAGAGUUCCUCACCAAAAUGGAGGCAGCAAAGGUGCAGCCCAACAGAGUAACGUACCAAAGACUAAUUUCAGCCUACUGCCAAGAGGGGGACAUUGAAGGUGCGAGUAAGAUCCUGGGUUUCAUGAAGAGCAAGGACCUGCCAAUUACAGAGGCUGUCUUCAACUCCCUUGUAACAGGCCACGCCCGGGCGGGGGACAUGGAAAGUGCGGAGAAUAUCUUGUCAGUGAUGAGGGACGCAGGGAUCGAGCCCGGCCCCGACACCUACCUGGCUUUGCUCAACGCAUACGCAGAGAAGGGCGACAUGGACAAGAUCAAGCAGACCUUGGAAGUUGUGGAUAAGAACGAUGCCAGCCUGAUGGACAGGGAGCUCAUGCAGAUCAUCUUCAGCCUGACCAAGGCUGGACAUUCCCAGUAUGUGCUAGACAUUGUGGAACGUAUGAGACACGACCGGGGAUACGUGCCUGAUGCCAUGAACCUGUGCCUGAGUCUUGUCACUCAGGACCUGGAGGACACAGCCUUUACCGUACUGAAGAGCUUUCCUACACUACAGGCUGAGAACCAGAAUGGCGAUUCUGACCUGGGGAACUUCUUCCUUCGCCACUGCGUUAACCUGGACAAGCCAGUUGAGAAAUUGAGGCACUACUGUAAGGAGCUGCGGGAGUCUAAUCUCCACACCUCUGCACUGCAGUUCACUCUGCACUGUGCUCUUGAUGCGAAAAAGACAGAGCUGGCGGUGGAGCUGAUGAAGACGAUGAAAGAGGAAGGCCUGCCAGUUCGGCCACAUUACUUCUGGCCCCUUCUCACACAGCACCAGAAAGACAACAAUGUUCAAGGGACCCUGGAGGUAUUGAAGGCUAUGCAGCAGCUGGACGUGGAGCCCGAUGUGGAAACCUACUCCAACUUCAUCCUUCCCAGCUUCUCCAGCCUGGAGGAUGCUCGUGCCAUGAUCAAGGAGGUGGGCUGCCCUGUUGACACAGAGGGAUUUGCUGCAUCGGAGCUGAGGGCUGAGGCAAGCAGUGGGAAGCUCUCUGAUGUGCUCGCUUUGUUGUCCUCUCCCUCCUUCCCAGCUGUGGAUCUGAUUGCCUUCCGCGGAAGCCUCGUCCUGGGUUUCCGAAGGUGUAAUGAUGUGGAAACCAUGGCUAAGAUAACAGAGCUGCUGUACAGAGACGGACGCUACUGCCAGGCGCCUGCAGGACCCACUGAAGCCAUUUCCUAUUUUCUGUACAAGCUAAUCGAAAGCAUGAAGGACUCGGAGGUACAGGCCAGGGAGGAGAUUCUGCGGCAAUACUUCACCCAGCUCAAGAACAUGAACAUCACAAUCCCAGCCAGCAUCUACAGAGGAAUUCGCAACCUGCUUGAUUCCUGCCAUGUGCCUGAACUCAUUAAGGAUGUUCUGGUUCUAGUUGAUGAAAAGGACAUUACCACCAAUAACAUCCCCAAGGGGAUGGAAGUCAGGGUGUCUGCUCUGGAGACAAAGCUGAAUGAACUGAAGGCUGAAAACAAGCCUGUUGGAGACAUCCUCAAACAGCUCAUCUUGGCUCUCUGUGCUGAGGAGAACCUGACCCGGGCCUUGGAGCUGCGGGCACAGCAUGAAGCAGACAUGGUUGUUGGCGGAUAUGCAGCCCUCAUCAACCUGUGCUGUCGUCACGACAAUGCUGAGGAGGCACUCAACCUGAAGCAUGAAAUAAAUCGAAAGGACUCCUCUGUUGCCCUUGAUCCCAAUAAGUACAUGGCACUGGUAAAGGUUCUAACUAAGCAUGGGAAACUGGAGGAGGCCGUGGACAUCCUGCGGGAGAUGAAGGAGAAGGAGGUGCCUGUGCAGGAUACCACCCUCAGCUCCUUCUUCCACAUCCUCAACGGGGCAGCCAUGCGGGGGGAGGAGGCAGCCAUCAAGCGGCUGCAGGAAGCCAUCUUCUCACUAGGCCUCGCCAAGCCUUCUGCCAAUCUCUGCUCCCCCCUCAUCACCCUGUACCUCGAGAGGGAUGACCUAUCGUCUGCAUUGGACGCUGCAAUGGACUGCCACAGGCACUAUGGCCACAUGCCUCGCUUUCAUGAUGUGUUGUGUGGGCUGGUAGAGAAAGGUGACACAGAUCUCCUGCAGAAAGCGAUGGAUUUUGUGAGCCAGGAGCGGGGCGAGAUGACAAUGCUGUACGACCUCUUCUUCGCCUUCCUGCAGACUGGGAAAUACAAGGAGGCGCGCAAAAUCAUCGAGACCCCUGGCCUGAGGUCACGACCGGGGCGGCUGCAGUGGUACGCAGAGAAGUGCAUCGCCACCAAUCAGGUUGAGGCCCUAGAGAACAUGGUCGAGAUGACUCAGAAGCUGUUUGAGUGUGAUCGAGACGAGAUGUACCACUACAUGCUCCGCCUGUGCAAGGAAAGCAACGACUGGCGGAGGGCUGAGGCCACCUGGACCCAGAUGCAGGAGGAGAAUUUGAUCCCGCGGGAGAGAACUCUCUGCCUGCUGGCCGACAUCCUGAAGAGCAACGGCCAGGAGGUUCCCUUCGAUAUGCCCGAGGCAUGGUAUAAAGAGGCUGCAGAGUAUGGCAGCAAAUCCCAAGACUUUGACGCAAAGAGCAACAGCUCCAGCACAGCCAGCCCCUUCCCUGUGGACUCCCCCAGUGACUACCAGCACCGCCUGCUGGCUCUCUGCAAGAGGGGCAAGGCCAAAGAGGCCUAUAGGAUUCUUCAGGACGCUGACAGGAGAGGCCUGGUCUUCAGCCCCGCUGCCUACAACAACCUUCUCAAAAGCCUGCUGGCUGAGGGAAACCUGGAGUAUGCCAUGACAGUCAAAGAAAUCGCUGGAACCCGAAUCAAAGGCUUCAAUCUGAGUGACAUAGCCAGCAGUCUCCUUAUCGUCACUCUUGUGAAACGGGAUCAAGUGAAAGAUGCACUGGACUCGCUGAAGACCAUGAUGCAGGCCGAGCAGGUGCCCUCCCCGCUGGCCGUGACCCGCCUGGUUCAAGCCCUCGGUGCCAAGGGAGACAUCAAGGGCAUCCAGGAAGUGGAGAACCUGGUGAUAUCCUUAGGUCCCUCCAUUAAUUUGUCACGCAUGCUCUUCAUCAAUAACACAGCCCUGGCGCACAUCAAGAAUGGCAAUAUCGAGGCAGGAGUGGAGAGCAUUGAGCCCAUCUUCAUCUCUGGAAAAGAAGGUCAGGAUCCGGGUGCCCGGGCCUCCAGCGUGUCCUUUGUCUUCCGGAAAGUCAUAGAAGAGAAUCUGGAGCCGGCUCUGGACAAAUUAAGCGCCAUGGCAGAGAGGCUAGCCAAUCACUUUUCUUCAUACAGACCGGCCACAGAUCUCUUCCUGCAGUUGCUAGAUGCAGGCAAGGUUGAUGAUGCCAAAUUCUUACUGCAAAGAUGUCCUGGGAUCGGGGAGCAGAAGGACAUUCUGGUGUCUUACAUUACUAGAGCUGCACAGAAGCCUGGACAGGCUCAUAAGAUCAAAACCCUCUUGGAAAUUAUUCCUGAGUUCCCAGAGAGGAAGACUGCAUACGCGUACCUAAUGAAGUCCUAUGCCAUGGACAAGGACCUGCCAUCUUCCAAGGCCCUGUACCAGCAGAUGCAGGAGGAGAGCGUGCAGCCGGACGAGCUGUGCUUGAAGAGGCUGGCCACGUUGCUGAAGAAUGCAGGGGAGCCCGUUCCCUUUAUGGAGCCCCCGGUGAGUGCAGCCCUCCCAGCGUCGUAGUGCACAAUGUCCCUUUGAUUCCGUGGUUUAGCUUUGCUUUAAAGGUACUGCAAGCUUUUGACAUUCUGGGCUGCUCGGCCAGGUGAGCCAUGGCUUAUGUGUCCUUUGUAGGUGGAGUUUAUUUCCCACUGGAGGCCAACUCUACACUGAACUAAAAUAACCCAGGGGAAUUGUAAUAAACAAAUUGUACUGUCUAUCUGCCCGCCUGCAUUUUGAACAAAGAUAGACAGGUUCCACCGAGAUGAAAACCAACCCAAACUGAUCUCCCCACUCAUGGAAGGCAACAGAAAAUCACUUAUUCAAAAUGACCAUUCUCUGGCUCACAUGAGAGUAGCUUACAUCUUUGCGCACUGCACUGUUUUAUGGAUUUCUGGUUUUAUUUCAUUUUACCCGUUUCUCUCAGCCAUCUUCUCCCGCAAUUCCUUCAUGCCACUUCCUCGAAAAACUUUUCUUUUGCCUUUACUUUUAAAGAUGUGGCAAACACCUCCUCAUUUACAUGAAAAUACGGUAGCUUUUGAUGUUCUAAAAGCUUGCAGGCUCCGCUGAGCUAAUUUCAUUUUUCAAUAAGAUCGUUUCUCAGUCCCUUGUGUGUGUAGGAAGCACAUGUGCUAAGAACUUGAAAUACUGCGCUGAUGACGCAUUGUGGUAAUUAUCGCCCGGCCUGUUGAAAUGAGUCGGGGCAGAAGAGGGGUCAAAAGGUGUUGAUCGACUCUGUUCCUGAAAUAGAAGGAGCUGUCUAAAGUGUGCCCAGGAAUGGAUAAUAAUAAUAGAAAAACACAAAGCCCUUCACAACUCCAGUGCUAACGUAGUUUGAAUUAAGUAAGCCAUCUAAUUUAUUUGAAAUAAAUGCAAGGAAACAUUAGUGCCUUUUCUCAUUGGAACAGCUUCUCCAAAAAAGAGUAUGAUUUGUUUAUUUCUGAGAAAAAGGAAAAGGAAUUCCAUCGUGCAUGGAUGUAAAGGCGAUCUGUGUGCUUGCUUGAUCCAUGCCAUGAAUGGCACUCCUUACAGUGCCAGCUUGCUUGGAUCAGUGGGUGUGCCAAUUACCAUGCGGCUCUUUGGGCAGUGCUCGACAGGGAUGCCUCACCCGUGCUAGUAAAACCACAGCUGCCACUGUCUCUUACCAGCACGCAGCUGCUCAGGCAGCUCUGCCACACCGAGUGAGUGUUUAUUUCAAAAGAUUGCAAACAAAUACUGGAUAUAACAAUGAGGCACGAAGCGCAGAGUGACCUGGGUCACUUGGAGGGUCUUGCACAUUACACGCAGCAUGCAUUUUGUAGCUGGGUUAUCCUUUUGACUAAACAUUACUCACUUCCAGU